ACAACUCCGGCGGCCCAAGGAGCUGCUCGGUUCACCCACAAGGGAUGAGAGCUGCCUGCCCGCUGCUGCUUGGAGAGCCCCAGACAGUCGCUUGAAGAGGUGUGUGGAUGGCUCCUAGAUCUUGACUUGCUCCUGAGGAAAUAUUGUGUGACUGAGUUUCCUGUUACACUGCUCUCCAAUCCAUCAUGAACCAGCCAGAGUCUGCCAACGACCCUGAACCCCUGUGUGCAGUGUGUGGCCAAGCCCACUCCCUGGAGGAAAACCACUUCUACAGCUAUCCAGAGGAAGUGGAUGAUGACCUCAUCUGCCACAUCUGCCUGCAGGCUUUGCUGGACCCCCUGGACACUCCAUGUGGACACACCUACUGCACCCUCUGCCUCACCAACUUCCUGGUGGAGAAGGACUUCUGUCCCAUGGACCGCAAGCCUCUAGUUCUGCAGCACUGCAAGAAGUCCAGCAUCCUGGUCAACAAACUCCUCAACAAGCUGCUGGUGACCUGCCCAUUCAGGGAGCACUGCACCCAGGUGUUGCAGCGCUGCGACCUUGAGCAUCACUUUCAAACCAGCUGUAAAGGUGCCUCCCACUACGGCCUGACCAAAGACAGGAAGAGGCGCUCACAAGAUGGCUGUCCAGACGGCUGUGCGAGCCUCACAGCCACGGCUCCCUCCCCAGAGGUUUCUGCAGCUGCCACCAUGUCCUUAAUGACAGACGAGCCUGGCCUAGACAACCCUGCCUACGUGUCCUCGGCGGAGGACGGGCAGCCAGCAAUCAGCCCAGUGGACUCUGGCCGGAGCAACCGAACUAGGGCCCGGCCCUUUGAGAGAUCCACUAUUAGAAGCAGAUCUUUUAAAAAAAUAAAUCGAGCUUUGAGUGUUCUUCGAAGGACAAAGAGUGGGAGUGCAGUUGCCAACCAUGCUGACCAGGGCAGGGAAAAUUCUGAAAACACCACUGCCCCUGAAGUCUUUCCAAGGUUGUACCACCUGAUUCCAGAUGGUGAAAUUACCAGCAUCAAGAUCAAUCGAGUAGAUCCCAGUGAAAGCCUCUCCAUUAGGCUGGUGGGAGGUAGCGAAACCCCACUGGUCCAUAUCAUUAUCCAACACAUUUAUCGUGAUGGGGUGAUCGCCAGAGACGGCCGGCUACUGCCAGGAGACAUCAUUCUAAAGGUCAACGGGAUGGACAUCAGCAAUGUCCCUCACAACUACGCUGUGCGUCUCCUGCGGCAGCCCUGCCAGGUGCUGUGGCUGACUGUGCUGCGUGAACAGAAGUUCCGCAGCAGGAACAAUGGACAGGUCCUGGAUGCCUACGGACCCCGGGAUGACAGCUUUCAUGUGAUUCUCAACAAAAGUAGCCCCGAGGAGCAGCUUGGAAUAAAACUGGUGCGCAAGGUGGAUGAGCCUGGGGUUUUCAUCUUCAAUGUGCUGGAUGGCGGUGUGGCAGAUCGACAUGGUCAGCUCGAGGAGAACGACCGCGUGUUAGCCAUCAACGGACAUGACCUUCGAUAUGGCAGCCCAGAAAGUGCAGCUCAUCUGAUUCAGGCCAGUGAAAGACGUGUUCACCUCGUCGUGUCCCGCCAGGUUCGGCAGCGGAGCCCUGACAUCUUCCAGGAAGCCGGCUGGAACAGCAAUGGCAGCUGGUCCCCAGGGCCAGGGGAGAGGAGCAACACUCCCAAGCCCCUCCAUCCUACAAUUAUUUGUCAUGAGAAGGUGGUAAAUAUCCGAAAAGACCCUGGUGAAUCUCUCGGCAUGACCGUCGCAGGGGGAGCAUCACAUAGAGAAUGGGAUUUGCCUAUCUAUGUCAUCAGUGUUGAGCCCGGAGGAGUCAUAAGCAGAGAUGGAAGAAUAAAAACAGGUGACAUUUUGUUGAAUGUGGAUGGGGUCGAACUGACAGAGGUCAGCCGGAGUGAGGCAGUGGCAUUAUUGAAAAGAACAUCAUCCUCGAUAGUACUCAAAGCUUUGGAAGUCAAAGAGCAUGAGCCCCAGGAAGACUGCAGCAGCCCAGCAGCCCUGGACUCCAACCACAACAUGGCUCCACCCAGUGACUGGUCCCCAUCCUGGGUCAUGUGGCUGGAAUUACCACGGUGCUUGUAUAACUGUAAAGAUAUUAUAUUACGAAGAAACACAGCUGGAAGUCUGGGCUUCUGCAUUGUAGGAGGUUAUGAAGAAUACAAUGGAAACAAACCUUUUUUCAUCAAAUCCAUUGUUGAAGGAACACCAGCAUACAAUGAUGGAAGAAUUAGAUGUGGUGAUAUUCUUCUUGCUGUCAAUGGUAGAAGUACAUCAGGGAUGAUACAUGCUUGCUUGGCAAGACUGCUGAAAGAACUUAAAGGAAGAAUUACUCUAACUAUUGUUUCUUGGCCUGGCACUUUUUUAUAGAAUCAAUGAUGGGUCAGAGAAAAACAGAAAAAUCAUAAAUAGGCUAAGAAGAUGAAACACUGUAUUUAUCUUGUCAGUUUUUAUAUUUAAAGAAUACACUGUAAAAAUGUCAGGAAAAGUAUGAUCUAAUGAAAGCCAGUUACACCUCAGAAAAUAUGAGUCCAAAAAAAUUAAAGCCACUAGUUUUUUUUCAGUGUGGAGGAUUUCUCAUUACUCUACAACAUUGUUUAUAUUUUUUCUAUUCAAUAAAAAGCCCUAAAACAGCUAAAAUGAUUUGUAUACCCCACUGAAUUCAGGUUGAUUUAAAUUUAAAAUUUGGUAUAUGCUGAAGUCUGCCAAGGGUACAUUAUGGCCAUUUUUAAUUUACAGCUAAAAGAUUUUUUAAAAUGCAUUGCUGAGAAACGUUGCUUUCAUCAAACAAUAAAUAUUUUUCAGAAAUUAUA